GACAAGUCCUUAUAAAGUCAAAAGAUCUCUUCAAAAGGAGAUACGAUAGAACAUGCAACGCUCCGGCCAAUAGGUCUUUCAAAAUCUGCUCAUUCUAUCCCAAUCCCAUAGCCCUUCACAAUUACACCAGGAUCACCCUCUGCCAGCCACAAUGGGUUACAUGAAAACUACCUACGAUUACGUCGACCUCAACGCGCCUUUCACGCCCCUACCUAAAUACGGCCAUUUUUCCAAAAAGACUCCCGAGUAUGAACAAGCAGAGCCUUCCAUCCGAAAGACGUAUGAAGUUCUCUAUUCCCUCCCCGACUUUCCCAGUGUCCGCGCAGUCGCUGGUGAUGCAGAUGCAGUGAUGCCCCCUGGGGGACCUGAUCGCUACAAAAAUGUUGUCACAGAGCUGAUCGACAUUCCUACUCGCGAUGGAACCAGGAUUGAGCUCAAGGUUUAUAAGUCGCCUAAUGUUAAUGAAAACGCUGUUUUGAUGUAUCGAAUGCAUGGUGGUGGCUGGUGCCUUGGCCGUCAUGAAGUCGAUGGCGUUGAUAACGUAUAUGCUGCCAUCAGCACCAGCAUUAUCGUCGUGAGUGUCGAUUAUAGGACAGCCCCGGAGCAUCCCUUCCCAACACCAAUCAAUGAUUGUUACGACGGUCUCAUCUGGUGCAAGAAGAACGCAGACAGGUUAGGAGUUGACCCGGAGAAAAUCAUAAUUAGUGGAGGCUCUGCUGGUGGCCAGCUUGCAGCUUCACUCGCUCUAGACUGCGUCAGAGACGGUGUGACCGGGCUUGUCGCCCAAGUGUUGCAUUUUCCAUCAACGUGUCAUCCCAAAUUCUUCCCCGCGGAUAAAUAUGAAUACGGCAGCUAUAUCCAAAACUACGACGACGCUGUCCUAAGCACAAUAAACAUGGAGACUGUCUUAGAUGCUCAUGUCCCUGAUGCGAAACCAGACCACAGACACUCUCCUCUCCUUUCAGAAUCAUUCCAGGGACUCCCACCAACACUGAUUCAAUGCGGUGGAACGGACGUCCUUAGAGAUGAUUCAUUCGCUUACGCUGAUGCUCUCAAGAAAGACGGCGUUGACGUGGAAAUUCACUGUUAUGCUGGACUUCCACAUUGGUUCCCUGUUGUACUUCCUCAAACACCUCAAAGCGUUCGGUUUUAUGAGAGAUACAACGACUUCUUAGCCAGGCAUGCAGGAAAGUGAGAGUGCUUUAGGCGGGAGACAAUUAGCAUUACUAAGGUCUGGGGAGGUCUCGAGGUUCAUGGCCUUAUGAAGCCAAAGCGACAUAGAAAUAGAUGGAUAUGCCGAUAAUGUUGGAAUAGGAAUGUAUAUAUGCUCCAGCAGCACCAAUGCUUGAGACAAAGCCAGCCACUCAGACAAACACUGGCCCUUCCACCCAAUUAUCAAGAAAGCUCAUAUCCAAGCC